GUGCAUAGUGGCUAUAAAGCUUCUUCUUGUUCAUAGUGAAGAACACUGAAUGAUAAGGAGUGAUUUUUACAAAGCAGAGCAAAAUGACAGAUGUUGCCGUUGACCAGAAUGAUCCAGCUGGUUUAUUACCCAGUGCAGAGGAGAAACCAGAAGAACUGACGGAGGAGAAAAUCCAAGAGAACGAGCCAGAAGACUCGACAGAGAAGAAAAACCAAGAGAAUGAGCCAGAAGCAGCAGAAGGACAGGCUGCAGCAGGGGAUGUUUACCGCUACAUCAAGGAGGAUCUCUUCACCUCCGAGAUCUAUAAAGUGGAGAUCCAGAACCUGCCCAAGUACAUUGGAUUUAACGACCUGAAGAAGUUCCUCAACAAGCAUGGGAUUAAUCCUCACAAAAUCAAGCUGCUCGGCAGACAAAAGUUUGCCUUUGUCACUUUUAAGAACCAGGAGGAAAGGGACAAGGCCAUGAAGGCAGUGCAUGGCAUGCAGUGGAAAAGUAAUGUGCUGAGUGUUCGGCUGGCCAAGCCCAAAGCAGAUCCCAUCCUCAAGAAGAGGAAACAGGAGGAGGAGGCGGACAGCGGGCAACCUGGUGCCAAGCGAAAUACAGGGAGCCAGGAGGCAGAAAAGGAGGAGGAAGAGCCUCCCAGUAUACAGAUUGCCAAUGCCGUGACCCCAUUGUGGAAAGUGCCUUAUGAAGAACAGCUGAUGAUGAAAGAGAAAGAAGUCGAAGGUGUUCUCCAAAAACUCGCCAGAGAAAUUGGCAACAACAACAAAGCCAUGCUUCCGUGGUUGUUCGUCCAAAAAGAAAAACACAACAAAAUGUGUUGUCCACUCGAAGCCAUACGACCAUCACCCCUGCAGACGGGGUACAGGAAUAAGUGCGAGUUUGUGAUUGGAGUGGGAGCAGACGGAGAGGACAGGACUGUAGGCUUUCGUUUGGGCAAGUAUAAAGGAGGAUCCUGUGCAGUGGUCAGUCCAUCAGAAACCACCAAUGUGUGUUCUGAGGCCAAGAGGGUUGUGCAGUGUUUCCAGCAGUUCAUCAGGACAACUCCAUAUGCAGUGUACAGUCCCGAGACUUAUGAGGGUCAUUGGCGGCAGCUGACGGUACGGACAACCCGAUUAAAGCAAACUAUGGCCAUGGUUUUCUUCAAUCCUCAGAAACUUCAAGAGAAAGAACUUGAGGAGCUGAAACAGAACCUGGGUCAGUAUUUCACAGAAGGAGAAGGAAAAGAAUGUGCUGUUACUUCUUUGUACUUUGUGAGAAUGGGACAAAGAACAUCUGCGGGCACAGAGGAUUUGCCAUGUGAACAUGUGACUGGAGAAGAGUGGAUUCAUGAGGAGCUUCUCGGACUCAAAUUCCGCAUUUCUCCACACUCAUUCUUCCAGACAAACACACCUGCUGCUGAGAUCCUGUACUCGGCCGUGGGUGAAUGGGCUCAGCUGGACCAGGACAGCACUGUGCUAGAUGUGUGCUGUGGAACCGGAACCAUCGGCAUCUCACUGGCAAAGAGGGUGAAGAAGGUGAUUGGCAUAGAGUUGUGCCAAGAGGCAGUAAAAGAUGCUGAGGCUAAUGCUAAAGCUAACGGUUUGACCAAUGUGGAGUUUCACUGUGGAAAGGCUGAGGACGUGUUUCCCACUAUCCUUAAUGCUGUCGUUUCCCCAAAUGUCACCGCAAUCGUCGACCCUCCGAGGGCAGGCCUACAUUCCAAAGUUAUUCUUGCAAUCAGAAAAGCAGAGCAUCUGAAGAGACUGGUCUAUGUCGCCUGCAAUGCCAAAGCAGCGAUGAACAAUUUUAUUGAUCUCUGCAGAGCUCCCUCAAACCGUGUGCGAGGAGCUGCAUUUCGUCCAGUGAAAGCGAUGGCUGUGGACCUCUUCCCUCAGACAAUGCACUGUGAAACCAUCCUGCUGUUUGAAAGAGUGGACUACAGCACCAACACUGACGUAUAGACAACAUAACAAAACCGCUGUUGUUCUAUUAAACACUUAAGAAGCUGUGUUUUCUUAUGUCUUAACCAACUUUAAGUGCUCAUUAUCACUAUUUUGUACACGUUUCCCUUUUUCCUCUUUUUAGUUGCAUUAAAAUAUCCCAGACAAAAACA